AGAGAGAGAAACAGAGCAAGAGAGAGAGAGAGAGAUAGAGAGAGAAGGAGAGAGAGAAGGAGACGGGACAUCGUCUGGGAAUUAUCCCUGUGUGUUUCCCCGGUCCUCUCGCAGGUUCACUGAUGUUGCUUUAUUUGGAAGUCCCGGAAGCGUUUGCUGCCCUGCUCAGUUGACUGACAAGAAGGCUUGGGGAAGGGACGCGCGCAGGGACCAGCUCGUUUGAGGACGUGUGGGAACAAGAAACAGAAAUACAACACUGCCGUAAUAACAGGGAAGAGAACACAGACGCAGAAGCAUGGAAACGCUCGUAGAGCGCCUGGAACAGGCUGUGAUUCGCUUGGAGGAGGUGUCUGUCAAGUUACAGGACCGGGGCAUGGCCAAUGGAGACAUGGUGAAUGGAAUAAAUGGAGUCAUGUCGGAGUGGAUGGAGGCGUUUGAUGUGCUCCUGAGGGGACCAGUGGCUGAGUAUCUGAAGCACAGUCGAGCCAUCGGGGGGGAUGUCGCCCAACAUGCCGAGAUGGUAAACAAUGCUCUGCAAGUGGAGAGAGCCUUCCUCAAGAUGGCCAGCACACACCAGGAGCCAGCUAAGCAGACGGAGCUAGCUGACCUGUUGCGGCCGCUCUCGGAGAAGAUCCAGGAGGUGCAGAGCUUCCGGGAGAAGCACCGUGGCAGCAGCUUCUUCAACCAUCUGUCGGCCAUCAGCGAGAGCAUCCCGGCCCUGGGCUGGGUGGCCAUAGGUCAAAAGCCAGGCCCCUAUGUGAAAGAGAUGAAUGAUGCAGCCAUGUUCUACACCAACAGAGUCCUGAAGGACUACAAAGACUCUGAUGCACGUCAUGUGGACUGGGUGCGUUCAUAUCUAGGCAUCUGGACCGAAAUGCAGGAGUUCAUCAAACUGUACCACCCCACUGGCCUCGCCUGGAGUACAACUGGUCCCACCGCCCCGACCUCCCUGUCUGGCCCUGCUCCUACAGGUCCUUGUCCCCCGCCUCCUCCUCCUCCUCCACCACCCCCCGGCCCUCCACCAGUCUUCACCGAUGAGGAGGCGCCCAAGCAGAGUGGCCCCUCUGCCCAGCGCUCUGCCCUGUUCGCCCAACUCAACCAGGGAGCGGACAUUACUAAAGGUCUGAAGCACGUGUCUGAUGACCGUAAGACCCAUAAGAACCCAGGACUGCGGUCUCAGGGUGGACCACAGCCGGGACAGCAGCAGGCCUCGCCCGCUAAAUCCAAAAACCAGAGGAAGAAGCAGAACAAGAUGAACAAGCAACACCCCCCUAUGCUGGAGCUGGAGGGGAAGAAGUGGAGAGUGGAGUACCAGGAGCAGGCCCAUGAUCUGGUGAUAGAGGAGACAGAGCUGAAGCAGGUAGUCUACAUCUUCAGCUGCAACAACUCCACAAUCCAGGUCAAAGGCAAGGUCAACUCCAUCAUCGCAGAUAACUGUAAGAAGCUGGGCCUAGUGUUUGACAAUGCUGUGGGAAUCGUUGAAAUAAUCAACUCCAAAGACAUUAAGAUUCAGGUGAUGGGGAAAGUACCCACCAUCUCCAUCAACAAGACAGAGGGCUGCCACGUGUACCUGAGCCAAGAGGCCAUGGACUGUGAGAUCGUCAGUGCCAAGAGCUCUGAGAUGAAUAUCCUUAUACCACAGGGGGAUGAUUAUAGAGAGUUCCCAGUUCCAGAGCAGUUUAAGACCGUCUGGGACGGCUCCAAGCUGGUGACGGAGCCCACAGAGAUGGCUGGCUGAUCUGAUGACGCUGCUCCCCACUCCUGAUUACUCUACAAUCAUCUCCUGUCCUCCUCCCUAUUCCCCUUCUUUCCCAACUCACUGCACUUUUAAUAGUCCGCUCCGUCCAAGAUCAGACCGACUGUGGAAAAAAAGGGAUUACAACUCAGACACCACUGCUUUAGAUAUAGGUAUUGGUUGGAAAUUGACUUAGGGUUUUACUACCAAAUGAAAUUGUUUCAAAAGGGACAUUUGGAGGUAAAAUGUCUUCUUAAGAUCCAGCCUGUACAUAGCAAUUGAUAUACUGUAUUCCCUAGUCACUUUCAAUGCACAGUUUGAGUAUCAUGAAAGGUCCCAUUUGUCAAAACCAUUGUAGUUAUUUUUCAUCUGCAUUAUAUUUGUCUGCAAUUAUGGUUGUGCUAUAAUAUUGAUAAAAAGAAAUUUCCUGUGUAAUUUAGGUCAGUAAUACUAAUAAGACCUUUCUACCACUCAAAAUGACUAUAACCAGUUUCAGAUUCAGUUGGGCUACUCCACUAUUUUUAGAAUAGAUACAUUUUCGCCCCAUUUUUUUUAAUUGAUUCACGAACAUUUUUUAUACAUCCUUUGGUUGUCUGGAUUUUUGUGUGCAUUUUUUAUUUUACAAAUAGCUCUCGUAAUUUUUCAAAAACAAGGUUCAACCACAAAAGUUACUGAGUGAUGAUCACUGAGAGAAAUCUUUUGUGCCAAGGAUGAUACAGCAUUGAAGAGUAUCUGUUUUUUUUUAAGCAAGAAGUAGGGGUUAUCAAUUUUCAGUGGCAGGUCUCAACAAAUGGAACGUUGUCAUUGAGGUGUUCAAUCACACAAUAGAUCUUUGGCAAAGGAGUGUUGUAAUGGUCAGUAGUCACAGGUUCUGUAGAGCUGACCAGUUCUGAGGGGUAAGUUGUGAAGUUGGCUCAACAAGUUAGCAGGCUAACUUUUGUGGUGUAUUCCAGUAUGCAGAACUGACAAGUGAUUUGACACCAUUUUACAGAAAAUCAUGGCAGUUGGCAUUCAAAUCUGAGCAAUGUAUGAGAAGUCCAAUGCCUAAAUUGUACUCAUGAAAAAAGCUGGAUAUGUGGUCUAGGUAGGCAGGGGAAGAAAGUCUGACUUGAUUUUGUUUUAAUGAAAUGUGUUGAAUGGGAGAGCAGUAAUUCACUAUAAUACCACAAUGAUCACAAGUUCCCCAGUGUGUUGUGUCUGUCUGUCGCUUAAAAUGCAAAAGAGAAAAACUCAUGAGAUGCUUAAAUGACUUCACAUAGCCUAUGCACUGUAUGCUUGUUGUCCAUUGGUAACGUUACUCUAAAUGCCUUAAAGCCUGGCUAGAAGUUGAUCUUCACUGGUAAAACUCAUGCCUUAAUAAGUGUAGGUGUGCACACAGUAUUACUUCAAUGUACAGAAAUGCUUUAUUUCCAUAUAUCAUGAUAUUUUUGGUAAUCUGAAACAUGACUGGAUAGGGCCAGACAUUGACAUGUUAAAUCCAAAUGAGUUAUCUUCAAACAGCUGUAAAAUGUUUAACCCCUAUUUUUCAAAAUAAAAAAAGUGUCAUAAGA